AUUCCGUGCAAUCGCCACUUUGCAGCCGUUGUCACUGCAUUACUGGUCUUUAGUAAUAGCUGUUUAUUUGUUCUGAGUUUGUCCUCCUCGCAGCUCAUGUGAUCAGUAAAGGAAGCUGGGCUGUUAGUUGACAGACAGCGAGAAUGGCCAGUUAUGUGUCGCAGGAGCUGUGGGGAAUGUCGGGCAGCACCGCUUGUAUCUGCAGACUCAGUGGGAUGGUUCUGGUCUGGGGCAACUUCCUUAAGGAGUUAGACCCUGGUCUUGUGGCAUGUGUGGUUUGGGGCAUCUAAACAACCAGCAGACACGCAGCAUGAGGUAAAGGCUGGCUUCUAGGACGAGAUGAACAUGAACCGGGAGUUGGAGUAUAUGUUUGUUGAAUCUGCUCGGGUGUGGAUCCCCGAUGCAGAGGAGGAGUGGAAGUCUGCUGAACUUGUCAAGGACUACAAAAAUGGCGAGGCCUCUCUACAGCUCAUGUUGGAGGAUGGGAAGGUCAUCGAGCACAAACUGGACCCGAAGACGAAGAACCUGCCUUACCUGCGGAACCCAGACAUCCUGGUGGGAGAGAAUGACCUCACAGCCCUCAGCUACCUCCACGAGCCGGCCGUGCUCCACAACCUCAAAGUCCGCUUCAUCGACUCCAAACUUAUCUACACCUACUGUGGAAUUGUUCUUGUGGCCAUCAACCCCUAUGAGAAUCUGCCGAUUUAUGGAACAGACAUUAUCAACGCCUACAGCGGUCAGAACAUGGGAGACAUGGACCCACAUAUCUUUGCUGUGGCAGAAGAGGCAUACAAACAGAUGGCCAGAGACGAACGGAACCAGUCCAUCAUUGUGAGUGGGGAGUCUGGAGCAGGAAAGACGGUAUCGGCAAAAUAUGCCAUGAGAUACUUUGCUACAGUUAGUGGUUCUGCCAGUGAAGCAAACGUGGAGGAGAAGGUUUUGGCUUCUAACCCCAUCAUGGAGGCUAUUGGCAAUGCAAAGACAACAAGAAACGACAACAGCAGCCGCUUUGGGAAAUACAUCGAGAUCGGUUUUGACAAUCGUUAUCGCAUCAUUGGUGCCAACAUGAGAACAUAUCUUCUAGAGAAAUCACGAGUUGUGUUUCAGGCAGACGAGGAGAGGAAUUAUCACGUCUUUUAUCAGCUCUGUGCUUCAGCACAUUUACCAGAGUUCAAGAAUCUCAGACUCAGUAGUGCAAAUGACUUCCUGUACACCCGUCAGGGCCGCAGCCCUGUGAUUGAAGGUGUGGAUGACAGCAAGGAACUCUGUACCACUCGCCAUGCCUUCACACUGCUCGGCAUUAACGAGUCGUAUCAGAUGGGCUUGUUCCAAGUUUUGGCUGCUAUUCUCCAUCUAGGGAAUGUGGAGAUUAAAGACAGAGAUGCAGACAGCAGUCUCAUUGCUCCCAACAAUCGCCACCUGACGGCUUUUUGUGAGCUGGUUGGAGUCACCUACCAGGACAUGUCCCAGUGGCUGUGCCACAGGAAGCUGAAAACAGCCAAUGAGACUUAUGUCAAGCCUCUUCCUCGCCUUCAAGCCACCAACGCACGCGAUGCCCUGUCCAAACACAUCUAUGCCAAGCUCUUCAGCUGGAUUGUAGAGCAUGUCAAUAAGGCUUUGGUCACUAAUGUUAAACAGCACUCUUUCAUUGGAGUCCUCGACAUCUAUGGGUUUGAAACAUUUGAAAUCAACAGCUUUGAGCAGUUCUGUAUCAACUACGCUAAUGAAAAACUCCAGCAGCAGUUCAACAUGCAUGUGUUCAAGCUGGAACAGGAGGAAUACAUGAGGGAGCAAAUCCCCUGGACUCUAAUCGACUUCUACGACAAUCAGCCCUGCAUCAACCUCAUAGAAGCCAAGAUGGGCAUCCUGGACCUGCUGGACGAGGAGUGCAAGAUGCCUAAGGGUUCUGAUGAUUCAUGGGCGCAGAAACUGUACAACACCCACCUGAAAACAUGUUCUCUCUUCGAGAAGCCACGCAUGUCCAACCGCGCCUUCAUCAUCCAACAUUUUGCUGAUAAGGUGGAGUACCAGUGUGAGGGCUUCCUGGAGAAAAACAAGGACACUGUCAAUGCAGAACAGAUCAACGUCCUGAAAGCCAGCAAGAAGUUUGACCUGCUGAUGGAGCUGUUCAGAGACGAGGAGAAGGCAACUAGCCCUACUGGUCAGACCCCUGGCACCGGAGGCCGCACCCGCCUCAGCAUCAAACCAGACAAGGGUCGGGACUCCAGCAGCAAGGAGCACAAGAAGACUGUGGGUUGUCAGUUUCGUAAUUCUCUGCAAAUGCUGAUGGAGACUCUGAAUGCAACCACUCCGCAUUACGUUCGCUGCAUCAAACCCAAUGACUUCAAGCUGGCCUUCUCGUUUGACCCCAAGCGUGCGGUGCAGCAGCUCAGAGCAUGCGGUGUCCUGGAAACUAUUCGCAUCUCAGCUGCAGGAUUCCCUUCCAGAUGGACGUACCAGGAGUUCUUCAGCCGCUACAGAGUGCUGAUGAAGCAAAAGGACGUUCUCGCAGACAAGAAGUUGACCUGCAGGAAUGUUCUAGAGAAGCUAGUGGAGGACCAGGACAAGUACCAGUUUGGAAAGACCAAAAUCUUCUUCAGGGCUGGCCAGGUGGCUUACCUGGAGAAGCUGAGGGCAGACAAGUUGCGUGCUGCAUGUAUCCGCAUCCAGAAAACCAUCCGCUGCUGGUUGGCGCGCAAGAAGUAUCUGCGCAUGCGCAAUGCUGCAAUUACCAUUCAGAGGUUUACGAGAGGAUACCAGGCCCGCUGUUUGGCGAAGUUCAUGCGUCGCACUCAGGCAGCUACCAUCAUCCAGAAGUACCAGAGGAUGUGUAUGGAGAGGAAACGCUACAGGCAGAAGCAGGCUGCUGCCCUGGCCAUGCAGACGAUACUAAGGGCUUACAUGGCCCGGCAGAAGUACCAGGCGCUUUUGCGAGAACACAAGGCAGUAAUAAUCCAAAAGUUCAUUCGGGGCUGGUUGGCCCGGUGCUGGUACAAGCGCUGUCUGGAGGCCAUCGUUUACCUGCAGUGCUGCAUUCGUAGAAUGAGAGCCAAGAGGGAGCUGAAGAAGCUGAAGAUCGAGGCUCGUUCAGUUGAACACUUCAAGAAGCUCAACAAAGGCAUGGAGAACAAGAUCAUGCAACUGCAGAGGAAGAUAGACGAGCAGCAUAAAGACAAUCGGUUGGUCAGUGAGAAGCUGGUGAGCUUGGAGAACUCCUACUCAGCUGAAAGCGAGCGGAUGCGCAGUGAGCUGAACCGGCUGCGAGGCGCAGAGGAAGAUGCCAAGAACAAAACCAACCAGGUGUUAUCCCUGCGGGAGGAGCUGGAGAGGCUGAAGAAGGAGCUGAGCGCCACGCAGCAGGAGAAGAAGACCAUCGAGGAGUGGGCACAAACCUACAGGCAGGAAAUGGAGAAGAUGGUUUCCGAACUGAAGGAUCAGAACGGAACGCUGAAGAAGGAGAAGGACGACUUGAACAGGUUGAUUCAGGAACAGAGUCAGCAGAUGACAGAGAAAAUGGCUCGUGCGAUUGUCCUGGAGACUCAGCAGCUGGAAACGGAUCUGAACGAGGAACGCUCUCGUUACCAGAACCUGCUCACAGAACACCGUCGCCUCGAGGAGAAGUACGACGACCUGAAGGAGGAGAUGGCGCUCUCUUCGAACGUGUCCAAGCCUGGUCACAGGAGAACCGAUUCCACCCACAGCAGCAACGAGUCCGAGUACACAUACAACUCAGAAUACACCGAUUUAGAAGACGGUUCCCGUGCCCGCGAAGAUGUCACUCGAGGAAUGGACACCUCCUUGACCCUCAAGCUUCAGAAACGCGUUACAGAGCUGGAGCAAGAAAAGCAAUCGCUGCGCAACGAGCUAGAAAACAAAGAAGACCAGUUCCAGCGAGCUAGAGCCAGGGAUGAUGCAGAGUUUAAAAAGGCCCGUGGAGCUGAACUGGAGUACGAGUCUCUCAAGCGUCAGGAGCUGGAGUCUGAAAACAAGAAGCUGAAGCAUGACUUGGCAGCGAUGAGGAAGAGCCUGCUGGGCGAUGCAGUCACGGGUGCUGGGGCGCCGGGUUCUCCAGCUUACAAGGUGCUUCUGGACCAGCUCAACGCCUCCUGUGAAGAACUGGAGGUCCGCAAAGAGGAGGUGCUGAUUCUGCGAUCCCAGCUAGUCAGCCAGAAGGAAGCCAUGCACCACAAGGAUGAGAAGGAGACCAUGACGGAGCCGUCUGUGUUUGCCGAAGACGUGUCCAAACUGAAAGACGCGGGCGAAAUAAAGCAGGCUUACAUCAGCCUCAAAGACACCAACAGGUCUCCCGGAUUCACGUCUCAGCCUCUGGAUGUUGGUGACCUCCUGAGUAGGCUGAGAUCUGCUGCUCCAGACUUGCAUAAGCUGAAUGAGGACGGGGAGCUGUGGCUGGUUAAUCAGGGCUUAAAGGAGACCAUCAGGUUGCUGGAGCAUCAGCUGCAGAGUCAGCGGAGAACGUAUGACAACGAGGUGGAGUCGCUGCGCGGCGAACUGCAGAACGUCAAGGAGGAGAACAACCGGCAGCAGCAGCUGCUGGCUCAGAACCUCCAGCUGCCUCCAGAGGCCCGGAUCGAAGCCAGUUUGCAGCAUGAGAUCACCCGGCUCACCAACGAGAACCUGGAGCUCAUGGCAGACGACCCCACAGCAUCCCAAGAGGCUCGAGUCAACAUUUUACGGCGGAUGGUUGACCUCAUGGAGCAGCUGGAGAAGCAGGACAGAACCAUCCGCAAGCUCAAGAAACAGCUGAAGGUUUACUCCAAGAGGAUUGGAGAAAUGGGAGCGGUACAGACUGAAGGGCAAACCUCUCCAGGGCAGAUGGUGGACGAGCCCAUCCACCCUGUCAACAUCGCCCGCAGGGAGAAAGACUUCCAAGGAAUGCUUGAAUACAAGAAAGAGGAUGAGAUGAAACUGGUCAAGAAUCUAAUCCUGGAGCUGAAGCCUCGUGGCGUAGCCGUAAACCUGAUCCCGGGCCUGCCAGCCUACAUUCUGUUCAUGUGUCUGCGACACGCAGACUAUCUGAACGAUGACCAGAAGGUCCGCACGCUGCUUACCUCAACAAUCAACAGCAUUAAGAAGAUCUUGAAGAAACGAGGAGAGGACUUUGAGACGGUGUCUUUCUGGCUGUCCAACACCUGCCGCUUCCUGCACUGUCUGAAACAAUACAGCGGAGAUGAGACUUUCGCGAAGCUCAACACACCUCGGCAGAAUGAACACUGUCUGACCAACUUUGACCUGGCAGAGUACAGACAAGUGAUCAGUGACCUGGCCAUCCAGAUCUACCAGCAGCUCAUCAAGUGCAUAGAAGGCACCCUUCACGCCAUGAUCGUUUAUGGCAUGUUGGAGCAUGAAACCAUCCAGGGGGUGUCUGGCGUGAAGCCCACAGGUCUCCGCAAGCGCACGGCCAGCAUCGCCGAGGAGGACACAUACACCCUGGAGUCCAUGCUGAGGCAGCUGAGCGCCUUCCACUCCACCAUGUGCCAGCACGGCACCGACCCCGAGCUCAUCAAGCAGGUGGUGAAGCAGGAGUUCUACAUCAUCGGAGCCGUCACCCUCAACAACCUGCUGCUGCGCAAAGACAUGUGCUCCUGGAGCAAAGGCAUGCAGAUCAGGUACAAUGUGAGCCAGCUGGAGGAGUGGCUCAGAGACAAAGGUCUGAUGAACUGCGGAGCCAAGGAGACGCUGGAGCCUCUGAUUCAGGCCGCUCAGCUGCUGCAGGUGAAGAAAAAGACGGACGAGGACGCCGAGGCCAUCUGCUCCAUGUGCCACGCCCUCACCACCUCUCAGAUCGUCAGGAUUCUCAACCUCUACACUCCAGUAAACGAGUUUGAGGAGCGAGUGUCCAUUGCGUUCAUUCGCACCAUACAGACUCGCCUGCGAGACCGCUCUGAGAGCCCCCAGCUCCUCAUGGAUACUAAAAUGAUCUAUCCGGUCACCUUCCCCUUCAACCCCUCCUCCCUCGCCCUGGAGACCAUCCAGAUCCCCUCCUCCCUCAACCUGGGCUUCCUUACCCGAGUCUAAGCCAAACCAGCACCCCGGUCCGAUUCCUGCAGCAGCCACAGCUCCCACUGCAUGUCCCAUGACGGGUGGUAAACGUUCCCCCUGCAAAAAAAAAAACAAACAAACAAAAGUUCUGUGGGUUCACAGGACCGUAAAUCAAUAAAUACAAUGUACAGAUUUUACUAUUGAAAAUCCUUAACACAGUUCUGAGGAUAAACAAGGAAAUGGGUUUGUCCAGACGUGCUCACACGAAGUGUAGUUCUUGAACACGGGUUAGACUUUACAUCUGUACAGUCACAACACACAUGCACAAACACACAGCUGCUGGUUCAAAUCCACCCGCUUCUAUCAUCGCUUGUAUUAAAGCCUUCAACACAGAGAAGCCAUCGGACCAGAUCCCUGGUCCACGUUCUGCUCUUCACUGUCAUUUGGGUCUGCCCUAGUGCUCAUGAGCGUGGUCUUCACAUCUCGUCUGUGUUUUCAGUCUCGUUUAAAGUAUUAGUCGAUGUCGUGAGGUUCUCCACCGAGGAUCCACCCACUGAGACCCGAAGGAGCCGCCUGCAGUCAGGCUGGAUUUCUGAGAGAUGACGUCAACUCAUCAUCUGUACUAUAUAUUUAUACGUAAAGAAGUCUAUAGAAAUAUGAAUAAUAUAUUCCAUGAAUUUUAUUUAUUGCUCUUGCUUCUGUUUUGCCUUUGUCCUUUGAAGAUCCCUGCAGAGUGGAGGUUGAGGUUGUGGUGUUGAGCUUCAGUCCCAGCUCAUUUCUACGGUCAUUAGGAUCAAAGGACGGGAUGGCCGGCUAAGCCGCCGCGUCCUGCACCCAGUCGUUUGUGUGAAUUGGAGUGUAGCGCAGGUUUUCAGCGAGGAGAUGUUUGGGAGCUGGAACCUGCUACCAUGUUUACAGCUGUGACCAGAGCCGAGAGGAAACACACAAAACGCACACCUGUAUGCACAACAUUACCCCUGCUUUUUGUCUCUUCUGGUCAGAGCCUUGAAAACUGUUUGCCAUUAUCAUUUUGUAAACAUAUAUUUUUUUGUUUUUUACUUUAGAAUAUUACCGAGCAGAUUGAAUAGAUGUUUUUAAAGUUUAGCGGAAAUGGCCUCUUAUAUUUUCAGCUUUACAACAUGUUCUUCUCUUCACAGACUGGAUGUUUUCAUUCAAACAUCCAACAACGUCUGCAGUGGUUUAUCAGCAUCAAAUGUGCUGCAUGCCGUGACUCCAGUUCAGCAUUUUUAUUCCAAACUUCCUGUUGUGCCGUCAGUAUUCGGUUAAGGGCCUCUUGCCCUCAGAUGAACAUAUGUUAUUGUCAUUUGAAGAAGUAAAGUUGAAGCAAACAUUUAAGGAAACAAAAAGAAGCUAAAGACAUAUCAGAGAGAAAACAUUUCUUCAAGUUUUCCUCUCUUUACACUCGUCUUCUCUCCAUUUCUCAGCGUUUUUUGUCGUCUGAAUUUCUGUUUAGAGAACAAAUCUGCCUGUUGUACCCAAACGGACAAUAAGUGAAGAAAACAUGAAUGUUCUGAAGAAUUAUAUAUAUUUUUUUGUAGUCAAAGCCUUAUCUGAUUUACUUGCUCUCUGAAUGAAUUCCACGCAUCAGCAUUGUGGCGUUGUUGUGUUCUGUCAUGGCGGUAUUUUCCUUUUUUUUUUUUUUUUCACUGUAGAAUUAUUCUGAAAAGAUUCAAUGUUUCCCUUUUUGUUUUUGGCGGUGCAUCCUCACGACCUGCAGCUGGUGUUAUGUAUGCUGCCCCCCCCCCCCCCCCCUCUCCCACAGACUGAAUGCACAUUUCUGACACUGCAGAGGAGAAGUGAUCAAUAAUAGAUGUGUUUGAGACCUAAAAAGAACAAGUUCACAGCUGAGGAUGUUUGCUUUCUUCUGCUUUCCUGCUGUUUUUACACCGAUUCUUCUAGCAUGUCUUCAGCCGGACAGCACGCCUCUGCCUCCCCAGCUUUAGCAUCAUCACUUAGAUCCGAUCGAUGGUCAAAGAAGCCGCUCAGACUCUGUUAGGAGGAAACAGGGAGGUUGCUGCCCUAGUUUUCGAGGCAAAUGCUGUUUAAGUUGUGACCUCCACUUCCUCCAGCCACAUAUUCAAGAAAGAGUUGUAGGAUAUGACGUAGACGCUAGGAGCACUCUUAAUUAUUGUUCCGUUUUGAAAAAGCUGAAAAUCUCCCCCCAGCUGCUGUGCCACUGGUGUGGACACUCUGAAAGCGGUAUUGGAUGUUUUCCUGUCUGAACCCCAUGUCUACAUUAAAAAAAAAAACUGGACCGUUUGUAGUUCCUGGUAGCUGUGCUUUGUGAACUUGAAAUUAAUUGUCAAAUCUGUAAAAGUCAAAAUAAAAGAAUCCAGCACUGUCACACUGUC